GUGCCUGCCCCCCACCCCUGCAUCCCAGCUGCCCUGGGGCCUCCUCCCCCGGGGCGGCCUCGGGGCUGCUGCUGGGUCUAUAAAGCCACUGGGGUCUUGUCAAUGACCCUGGGAUCCCUCAGAGCAGCGCACUGGCAAGGUCACAAGCAGCUGGACUGCCUGGGCCUCCUAGGACCGUCCCCACAGCCCAUCCCCAGACAUGAAAAUCAUCGUGGGCAUUGGAGGCAUGACCAAUGGUGGCAAGACCACCCUGACCAACAGCCUCCAGAAAGCCCUUCCCAACUGCUGCAUCAUUCACCAGGACGACUUCUUCAAGCCCCAGAACCAGAUCGCUAUCGGAGAGGAUGGCUUCAAACAGUGGGAUGUGCUGGAAUCCCUGGACAUGGAAGCCAUGGUCAGCACUGUACAAGCCUGGAUAAGAGACCCCCAGAAGUUUGCCCGCGCACAUGGGGUCAGCGUCCAACCAGACACCACGGACACCCACGUCCUUCUCCUGGAAGGGUUCCUGUUGUAUAGCUACAAGCCCCUGGUGGAUUUGUACAGCCGCAGGUACUUUCUGACAGUUCCCUACGAAGAAUGCAAACGGAGGAGAAGUAACCGCAGCUACAUGGUCCCUGAUCCCCCCGGCCUCUUCGAUGGCCAUGUGUGGCCCAUGUACCAGAAGUAUAAACAGGAGAUGGAAGAGGAUGGUGUGGAAGUGGUGCAUUUAGACGGCAUGAAGUCCCGGGAUGAGCUCUUCCAUCAGGUGCUGGAAGACAUUCGGAACACCUUACUGAACAGCUCUUAG